GGUUUGUAAGGGAAGAGAAUCAUUUCAAAACAACAUACCGAGAUAGGCAACGCGAGGACGCUCGUUCUGGAUCUUGGUGGCGACACGAAGAAUGUGGUCGAUAUGUUGUAAUGAAGAGGGGACGACCUCAUUGUCGAAGACCUCCAAAGAUAAGAUCGUGGUGGUGGCGCUCCAUGAUGGCUGCUAAAGCAGUGCCAUUGUCCCCUGUUGCGCCCCUGUUCCUGGCACUGAAGUCGACGUCAUCACCAUUACUCUAUUGCUGUUGA